AUGGCUUACCAAGGCGAGCCUCAUGUCUGGGAUAAUAACAACACGGGUCCAGAAAUACCACCCUACACCUCAGAUAUGCCUUCUUACGGACCUUUAUGGCAUGGAGAGCCUCCACAAACUCUAAUGCCAUAUCCAGAACUGCUGGCUGGGUUUCCGUGCGCUGAUUUAGUGUGGCCGCGACAACAAUGUGGCGGCAUGGUAGCACAACGUAUUGGUAACGUGAGGACAAUACCAUCCCAAAUUGGAUCAUCAUCUUCCGCAUCUUCAACGAGUACAAAGAAACCGCGUAGAAGGGUCGCCUCGGUCGCUCAAAGACGUGCGGCCAAUAUCCGAGAAAGACGAAGGAUGUUCAAUUUAAACGAAGCAUUUGAUAAAUUAAGACGCAAGGUUCCAACUUUUGCAUAUGAAAAGCGGCUAUCUCGCAUCGAAACUCUUCGACUAGCUAUAACUUAUAUUGGCUUUAUGUCUGAGCUUCUUGGCGGUACUCCUUCAAAAUCAGCUGAGAUAUAUCAAAUACCCCAUCAACGUGAUUACAUGCCAUAUGGAAUACUACCUAAUUAAUA